GUAAAACAAUACUCUUUGAUGUCAACAUUAUUAUUGUGAUGUGUUAAUUUCGCUGCCGGUAUAAUUUAACAGCUGAUAAAAGAGGACUUACUUGCUUACGUAUUCAAUUACUUUAUUUAUAUAAUUAAUCGAAUAUAUUAUAUUAUUCCAAAUAGUAUACAUUAUUAAAAUACAAAGAUGAGUGAAGAGAAAAGUGUUAUACUUGUGACUGGCGGUUCCGGACUUGUGGGCCAAGCAAUAAAAACGGUGGUUGAUGAAGAGAGAAAAUUUGAUACAGAGAGAGCCAGUAAAGAGACUUGGAUAUUCUGUUCGUCGAAAGAUGGUGAUCUCAGAGAUAAAGCACAGACCGACGCACUCUUCGAGAAAUAUAAGCCCACCCAUGUGAUACAUCUAGCAGCCAUAGUUGGUGGAUUGUUCCAGAAUAUGUCACAUAACUUAGAAUUUUUUAGGGAGAAUAUGGCUAUAAAUGACAAUGUACUACACGCUUGUUUCAAAAACAAUGUCAAGAAAGUGGUCUCUUGUCUUUCAACAUGUAUAUUUCCAGACAAAAUUACAUAUCCUAUCGAUGAGACUAUGGUUCAUAAUGGUCUUCCUCACCCCUCAAAUUAUGGCUACAGUUAUGCAAAGAGGAUGGUCGAUAUUUUAAAUAGAGGCUACAACUCGCAGCACGGCUGCGCGUUCACGUCGGUGAUCCCGUGCAACGUGUUCGGCGCGCACGACAACUUCAGCGCGAGCGCCGCGCACGUCGUGCCCGCGCUCGUGCGCCGCAUGCACGACGCGCUCGGCGCCGGUGACCCAACAUUCACAGUGCUCGGCACUGGCAAGCCACUGAGACAAUUUAUAUACUCCCUGGACUUGGCCAAGCUUAUGAUUUGGGUGUUGAGGAACUACAACAGCGUGGAACCCAUUAUUUUAUCCGUGGACGAAGAAGACGAGGUGACGAUAAGCGACGUAGCGGAAGCUAUAAAGAAGGCGUACGGCUACCGCGGGCAGAUCGUGUACGACACGAGCAAAGCCGACGGACAGUUCAAGAAGACGGCCUCCAAUAAGAAACUUCGCUCGCUGUACAGAGACUUCACGUUCACCCCCUUCGACGAAGCCAUCCAGCAGACCGUCGCCUGGUUCAUACAGAACAGGGACCAUGCUAGAUUAUAAAUGCCUCAUUUAUAUAUAGUAGUUUUUUUUCGCCGAUAUUAUCUUAGUAAGUGUAUUUAUUUAACUUUAUUGCUUAUUGUAAAUAAAUGAAAAAAAUGUAUAUUUAUAAAUAUUGCGAUUAUAUUUUU